AGCAACCCGUAAAGGCCACUACAAGAUACCUGAGACAUUCCCAUACCAACGGUCCAUAUCUACCCAACCCUUAGAGUCAAUCCUUACCCCGAAGUUACAAAAUGAUUUACUCAGAAACUGUUGUAAUUACCGAUCUAUUUGACGAGAAAUCAUCAAGAUCAUUUUCUACAUGGUGCGGCACGGCCAAGUUAGAUCUAAUGCUUGCUGACCAAACCCGUAAAGUUCAAAAAAACGAUACCUCCAAGACAAAUAUAAGAUACCGCUCCCUUUGGGUCCUAAAAAGCAUACAUCGAGAAUCAAUAGCUAGACAAACACUAAAUGUUAGAGCAACACAUCAAGCCAGAUUACACGAACUCAUAAGCGAGGGAUGUAAAAUUAUAGGUUAUGUAACGAAAUCGCCUGGAAAGGAAUCAAUCACGACAAGACUCCAUCUUUUGGAAAGUGGACAAGUUGAUGAAAGCUUAUUCCGUGGACAUGGUGUUUGGUCCACACAGCUCUGUUGAGGAUAUCAUAGAUAUAAUAAUAAAGUUAAUUGUCACAUCACAUUAAGGAUGGAUAAUAAAUAUAAAAGUUAA